CUUUUCUUUACAACCUAACCUUAAAGAUGUGUUUGCUUGUGACAUGUGUUUGCCAUUAGUAACUGUUAUCACAUUAAGUUCGGCGUUGCAGUAGACACAUUCUACAAAUGGCAGAAUGGUGUAUCGGGUUUAGAGAUUCGGAGACUGGAUGCGUUCCCAUACAAAGCAGCCUGUACAGUCGUCACUCUCAGAAUCAUGUCAAAAGUGUGUCCAUGAAGAUCUGUACAAUAAUGACCCGACUGGGGUACGGCGAGGAGAUCAGACGACGACGCAUUGAGAAAUACAGGGAGUUUGAUAGUGUGCAGAAUGACGAAGGAAAUGAUGUAACGAGAAUAACAGUUGGCAGCAAGGCAGAGGGGCUGACCUGCGUUUUAGAAAGCGACCGCGAUGUGUUACACGUGCUGAAAAGAGUACUCUGUGUGGAAGCUGGUAUCAAUCUUCAAACCAUACCAGACGACAUAAAUGUGUUUAGGAUGGCUACGUGUGUAUACCCAGGACACUGCAUACUGUUAUUUGAGAGACCAGCGCAAAUAACGUUUGAUUUAAUUGCCCAUGCUCUGUGUGUUAAUGGGUAUGGAAAUGUUCUGUUAAAUAGUGGUUUAUUCAUGGAUGGAUGUGCGACGCUUACAUCUAAAUUUGAAAAAUAUUUUGUCACAUCGGUGCAACAUGAACGCGCGGGGCCGUCAAUACCGCAUACCAUUAAUGGUUUUUUGCAUAUGGACAUAGUAUUUGCAUUACGCUGUCACUGCCCUAGUAUCAUACACAGAUGGGCUGCAAGACCAAGUCACUGGCCGUCACCAGACAUAGUUUAGAAAGUCGUAUCAUUAGGAGCCUAUCUAUCCCCGGUAGGGUUUAAGGGAAGUGAAUGCAAGCACAUUGAGUGGAGGAUUUGUUUUAAUACCGGUGAGGCAGAACUCGUAAACAAACUUAAUGACACACAAACGAAAGUGUAUGUUAUACUUAAAAUGAUCCUCAAAGAUAUACUCAAACCAAAUAAUAAAGAAAUUACAUCAUACAUUUUAAAAAACAUUAUAUUAUGGCAAAGUGAACGUAACUCACAGACAUUAUUUCAUGCAUGCAAUUUGUUUCACUGGCUGCAUGAUGGUCUGAAAGAUCUUAGGACUUCUAUUGCCCAAAGAAACCAGCCGUAUUACAUGAUUCCGGAGCGAAAUUUAAUGCACACAUGUGGUAUAGAGGAUGUUCUGCAGCGUAAAUGGGUUUCGGAUAUCACGGACAUGCUAGAGGAAGGUCCCGGGGUAAUACUGAGAUUGCCGAAGAUACGAAAGGCCAUUGUCGCAUCCCCCGAGCCAAUGCUGUGGUUAAGCAAGAAAAAGAUGGAGAUUGAGAUGUUGCAGCUGGAGGAAUUCGUCAGAAGUGCACACUGUUUACAUGAUAACCGGGAAGCGGACUCGGAUUUCAUGCUGAAUGCGAUACGUAAACGUAUUAAAGAUGUGUAUGGAGAGGUGCAACUACGUAUAUUCCAGGAGGGCAGUUUUGUAAAUGAUUUUAAAGAAUUCAUCAGAGAACUGCAAAUGUAAUAGUGCAAUAAAAAUGCCCAAAAUACAUGUGUUCCAAGGCAGGCUAAUGUCUUAGUUCACAUUUUUUACAGUUUAUUGUAGUUUUCAAUUUUACUAUAACAGGUUGUCUCGGAGACAAUUUAUGAUUGCACGAGAAAAUAAGGAAUAUAGUGGGAUUUCGUACCCUUGCGUGUGGAUGUGCUUCACUGGUCCGCUAAAUAGGGACAACAGUUUUAAUAGUUAAUUGUAAGUGCUACAACCGCGUCGUUUGAUUUACAUAUACAUAUGUACAUCAUAAUGCAAAUAUUGCAAAACAAGAUCAGUUAGAUAUUAUUACAACUGUACAAUUGUUCAGGCUGGUAACAGUGCGUCUACGAGGGCUCUUUUUCAGAAAAUUCCUGUUAUGCAUCUGUAAUGUUCAACAUAGUUGGUGUGUGAUUAUUCACUAUAAUUAACAAAACAUGCUCUCCUUAUUUAACAUUGUCACUGUGUAGUGUCAGCAAUAUGAUAUUUUGUGUUUUUACAAUUCUAAUGUAAUUAGUAAUCACUUUGUAGCGAAGGCUUCUAAAUCAUUUAAAUAAAUAUAAAUCAUGAGCACUCAA